AUGCUUCCAAACUUUGACGAUCCAGAUUGGACCCAGUUCCACGUCCUUGCAAGCCGUACCGAUCCAAAGUAUGGGGUUUCCUCUAGUACUCAGAUAGGUGCUGUCAAGCGGUUGUACGAUAAGGUUGGCUUUACAUCAACCAAAAAACUCAUAGCGGGCGGCAUGCCGGAUCAAUGCAUGCGCAGGCGCAUGGCGCAUCUUACAAGGGCACCUAUGCAGCGUAACAAAGUAAGCCCUUCGGUCGAACUACAGUGCCUUAUCUUCCCAUGGAUCGAGAAGGCCUAUGGCAAACCCGGAACAGAAUCCUGGAAAUUUUGGCAAAGGGAAUGUGAGGAUGAAAUGGCAGAAGUUGAUGAGAACGAGGUGAAAGCUGUAGAGAGGAUGAGCAUCCCUCUGGAGGAAGAGGCUAUAGCUUCAAGUGGAAAACGAAAGAAGAAAAAGGCGGAAGCUACAGUGGGUCAGCAACGGGGAAACAAAGUCGCUCUUCCGAACACUGAAAUCCCAGACUCUUUGGAGCCAGUUGACGAACAAGAGCAACAGCAAGAGAAAGAGCCUGCAUCUGCCUCAGCUACUGACACCCGUUGCAUGUAUAGUACCAAGGACGUUUAUAAGCGCUUAUUCCUCAAGCUAUUAGUCCGUUGCCGAAGGAUAAUAUCGCAGGAUGCAGCUGCGCUAUUCAAGGAUCAUAUGAAUCCAGGAGUCCCAAUUGCCGCACACUAUCCCCCUCAUCCUCAGCAACAACUUAGUGUCCAACCAUAUAUCCAACCAUCGUUUCAAUCACCUCUCCAACUGCCUCCUCAUCCAUUAUAUUAUCAGCCAGCAACGUAUUCAUAUCCGUAUCAAAUGCCAAUACCUGGAUCUUCUUCAUCGUAUCUGAGGCCAUCUCUAAGCUCCAGGAACUCUAUCAGAUCCUACUUCAUGGUAGAGCCAAAGUCAAGGAAGCCAAGGACGCGGGAGAGGAAGAGUGCAAUGCCAACUACCUUUGGAGCAACAGCAGAAGCAGCAACCAAGAAAGCUACCUCUACCCCCGCUACCAAACCUACAGCACCGCUUUCGACUGGAUUGACAGUCAAAGGUGAGACUGAGUAG